AUGAUGGCAGGCAAUAGCCAGCUUUGCAUUCGACGUUGGACUACCAAGAACGUGGCCAAGUGGCUGAAGGAAGAAGGCUUCUGUGAAUAUGUGGAUGUUUUGUGCAAUAGACACAGGCUAGAUGGAAUUACGUUGCUGACACUUACUGAGUAUGAUUUACGGUCCCCUCCUUUGGAAAUCAAAGUCUUGGGGGAUAUAAAAAGGCUAAUGUUGUCCAUACGCAAACUACAGAAGCAACAUAUUGAUGUCUUAGAAGAGCUGGGUUACAACAGUGAUAGUCAUGUUGGCACAGGUCCAAGUGUUGGUUCGCUGCAGGGGACAGAUUGGUUUUGUAAUGGUGAAGUACCUCGGGACUAUGAUGGACCAAUUACUGACUCAAAUGGUGAUCAGUAUCAAUAUGCAAAUGGAAAAAACAAACACUCUACACGAAGACUGGACCCAGAGUAUUGGAAGACUAUUUUAAGUUGUGUGUAUGUCUUCAUAGUGUUUGGCUUUACGUCGUUUGUUAUGGUUAUAGUACAUGAGCGAGUACCUGACAUGCAAACAUAUCCACCUCUACCAGACAUAUUUCUAGAUAGUGUCCCUAGGAUACCAUGGGCUUUUGCUAUGACUGAAGUAUGUGGCGUAAUUCUUUGCUACAUCUGGCUAUUGGUUCUUCUGCUUCACAAACACAGAUCUAUACUUCUGCGAAGGCUGUGCAGCCUCAUGGGGACGGUAUUCUUAUUACGCUGCAUUACAAUGUUUGUUACCUCUCUCUCUGUGCCAGGCCAGCACUUGCAGUGUACUGGAAAGUUGUAUGGCAAUGUUUGGGCAAAACUCCAGCGGGCAUUUGCAAUAUGGAGUGGCUUUGGCAUGACUCUUACUGGAGUACAUACGUGUGGAGAUUAUAUGUUCAGUGGCCACACUGUCGUCCUGACAAUGCUCAACUUCUUUGUCACAGAGUAUACGCCAAGGAGCUGGAACUUCUUGCACACCUUGUCCUGGGUCCUGAAUCUCUUUGGAAUCUUCUUCAUUUUGGCUGCACAUGAACAUUAUUCUAUAGAUGUCUUCAUUGCCUUUUACAUCACUACAAGACUCUUUUUGUAUUACCAUACCUUGGCUAAUACUAAAGCGUAUCAACAGAGUAGGAGAGCAAGGAUCUGGUUUCCUAUGUUUUCUUUUUUUGAAUGCAAUGUUAAUGGUACUGUUCCCAAUGAGUAUUGCUGGCCUUUUUCAAAACCUACUAUACUGAAAAGAUUGAUUGGCUGA